UUUGGAACCACAUGCGGAUAGAUGUGAAGCAUUGAGUGCAUCGAAAAGCGCACUUGGGUCUGUUCAGUUUGCGAGUCUGUUCACGUUACAAGAACCUCGUCAAGGUCCGUGCUAACUACGAGCUGACAACCUGACUGUUAAAAUGGCUUCCUCUGAACUUGCACUGCUGAGUGUGUCGGAUAAAAGUGGGCUGCAGGAGUUUGCCAAAAAGCUCGUGGACGUCGGUUUGGGUCUGGUAGCAUCAGGUGGGACAGCUAAAGCUCUGCGAGAUGCUGGACUGACCGUCAGGGACGUGUCUGAGCUCACUGGGCAUCCAGAAAUGCUAGGAGGCCGCGUGAAGACCCUCCAUCCCGCAGUCCACGGUGGCAUCCUGGCCAGAAAGACGGCCAGUGACACAGCAGAUAUGGACAAGCUCGGCUACAGUCUGGUCAGGGUGGUCGUGUGCAACCUGUACCCAUUCGUCAAAACUGUCUCCAACCCGGAUGUUAAAGUGGAAGACGCCGUAGAGCAGAUUGACAUUGGUGGUGUAACUUUGCUGAGGGCUGCAGCUAAGAAUCACGCACGUGUGACGAUCGUGUGUGAUCCUGCUGAUUACUCACUGGUUGCCACGGAGAUGGCAGGAUCUCAAGACAAAGAUACCACUUUGGAAACACGAAGGACUCUGGCUUUAAAAGCUUUCACUCACACGGCCCAGUAUGACGACGCUAUUUCGGAUUACUUCCGUGGACAAUACAGCCGCGGCGUUUCCCAGCUGGCUCUGCGUUACGGCAUGAACCCGCACCAAGCACCCGCCCAGCUCUACACGCUGCACUCUGCCCUCCCACUCAAAGUGGUAAAUGGCUCCCCCGGCUUCAUCAACUUGUGCGACGCCCUGAACGCGUGGCAGCUUGUUCGCGAACUGAAGAGCGCCCUCGGCAUGGCCGCCGCUGCUUCCUUCAAGCAUGUCAGCCCAGCGGGAGCUGCAGUAGGAGUUGUUCUGACUGAGGAAGAGGCUAAGGUGUGCAUGGUACACGACAUGUUGAAGGAUCUCAGCCCAUUGGCCACCGCCUAUGCCAGGGCAAGAGGUUCUGACCGAAUGUCUUCUUUUGGAGACUUCAUUGCCGUUUCUGACGUGUGUGACGUUCCUACUGCCAAAAUUAUAUCAAGAGAGGUGUCUGAUGGGAUAAUUGCACCAGGAUAUGAUGAAGAAGCACUCAAGAUCCUGUCAAAAAAGAAAAAUGGAAACUACUGUGUGCUUCAGAUGGACCCCGACUACGAGCCCGACAACACUGAGGUGCGAGUGUUGUUUGGCCUCUACCUCAAACAAAAAAGGAACGACGCGCUUAUCAACAAGGAAUUCUUCAGCAACAUUGUGUCCAAGGACUCGCUGUCCGAGACAGCCGUCCGAGACCUCACGGUGGCCACCAUCGCUGUCAAGUACACUCAGUCCAACUCUGUGUGCUACGCCAAAGACGGCCAGGUGAUCGGGAUCGGCGCGGGACAGCAGUCUCGGAUCCACUGCACCAGACUGGCGGGUGACAAAGCCGAUAACUGGUGGCUCAGGCACCAUCCUCGUGUGCUCGGCAUGAAGUUCCGCAGUGGCGUCAAGCGAGCGGAGAUGGCAAACGCCAUCGACCAGUAUGUCACUGACACCAUUGGAGAGGGUCCCGAUUUGGCCGUUUGGAAAUCAAUGUACGAGGAGGUUCCUGAGCUUCUGUCAGAGACUGAGAAGAAAAAGUGGAUCAGCUCCCUGCAGGCAGUGGCCGUGAGCUCUGAUGCCUUCUUUCCCUUCCGCGAUAACAUCGACCGCGCCAAACGGAGCGGUGUCGAGUACAUCGCGGCCCCGUCGGGUUCUGCUGCGGACCAGGUUGUGAUCAACGCCUGCAAUGAGCAGGGCAUCACUCUGGUCCACACCAAACGCCGAUUGUUCCACCACUGAGCAAUCAACUCGACUACAAUGGGCACCUUUUGUCUAUCACUGAAGAUAUGGGAAGGAAACAUUCCACCUUAAUGUUACUUCUCUUUUGCGUUGUAACACAUGAAAUCCUUUUCUGGCUCGUGAAAAGAUUCAAGGCUUUGUAGUCAAGCAAUGACUCUGCAUUUAAUAAAACUUUGAGAUCA